AUGACGAGGAAUCGAUUCUUGACUGGCUUCAUGUUUUCCAUGAUACUAGGAUGCCAAGCUGAGAGUUCCAGAUUUCUUGAUGACCGUGGAGUGGCCUAUGGAUUCGACCAUAUUCAACCAUCCGCCAGCCUCAAGUGGACACCAUGUUUCGAUGCCUUCACAUGCGCCAAACUGGAAGUGCCUUUGGAUUAUUCGAACAGAGAUCUGGGCAAGGCGUCAAUAGCCUUCAUAAAAUUAGCGGGCAAGAAUGCAACUGUCGACUCUCCAAGCAUUGUGCUCAUCCCUGGUGGCCCGGGAGGCUCUGGCGUCGACCUCCUUCUCUCAUUCCAGACCCUCGCCGGGCCGAUGAUUGGGGAAGAAUACAAUUUUGUCUCCUUUGACCCUCGCGGCGUGAACAACAGUGAUUUGGUCCUUGACUGCUUCUCAGGUGACUCGGAGGCCAGAUCGGCCUUCAAUCGAGUGCACAAUACCGGUGUCACCAACGUCUCAUCAACAUCAGUCGAAGAACAGUAUUAUUCGAGCUCUAUCUAUGGAGAGUGGUGCAACAAUGCUGUGAAGACCAAGUCACCGCAUGGAUAUUAUGUGACUACCCCCGCGGUUGCCCAUGAUCUGCUCACAUUUAUAGAAGCGGAGGCUGAGCUGAUCGGUCGUCCGCCGUCCGACGCCAAGUUAUGGAGUUACGGUGUCAGUUUCGGUACUGUCACUGGCGUAACUUUUGCCUCCAUGUUCCCUGACCGAGUGGAGAGAAUGGUUCUCGAUGGUGUCCUUAACGCGGAACAGUACUAUCAAAAUGUCGUCACAGAUAAUGUCGAUCAGCUAGACUUGGCCAUAGAAAAGUUCUCGAGCUUCUGCCACUCCGCAGGCUCUAAAGAUUGCUCUUUCUGGGGACCCACAACAGCAAAUAUCACAGCCAGAUUGAACGGCAUCAUAGAUUGGUUUCGGGACCACCCGGUCCCAAUAAGCGGAGUCCAAAGUCGAGACCUACCAACGAUGGUCACCUACUCAGACUUGAAGGCUCUUUUUCUCAACUCUCUUUACACUCCACUUUCCGGCUUCCCUACCAUGGCCGAUACCUUACGCCAAAUUGAGCUUGGCAACGUGUCUACACUUGCGGGUGCGUUUGAAGGAUUAGUCUCCGUCACAUCCGAUGCACGCUUUGCUAUCGAAUGCACCGAUUCGUAUCGAACAAACCGUCUCUCUACCAUUGAAGAAUUCCAGAAUUACGCUGAAUAUACCACAUCCAAGAGCAAAUAUAUCGGCGACCUCGCUCCCGUCUUCUUGAACAAUAUCUUGUGUAGGUCAUUCCGACCUCAAUUGCCUGACAGUAUGGUAUUCCAAGCUCUUACUGACAUUCUUCUAUCCAGGCCCGAAGGGGGGAAUAAACAAGCCUACAUCUUUCCCGAUACUGUUCGCAAGCAAUACUGUCGAUCCUAUAACUCCCUUGAUAUCGUAUGUUUCAUUCUGAUGGCCCAUUUUGAGUACUUACUGACCUUUCGUUUUCGCCUUGCUAGGGCUCGCAAGGCGUCUUCCCGUUUUCCAGGAUCAAAACUUCUACUACAAGAAGCCAUCGGU